AAAGACAAUAUUUAUCGCUUGUUCAGUGAUUUUUAUUUUUAAGCAUAAGAGACAGACUAAAUUACUUCUAAGUUGGACGGUUUCCGAUUUGAACAUGUGUGCACAUCUGUGGUAAAAUAAGAGUGAAUAGAUUACAAAUAUGUACUUUUAAUGUCUAAUUAUAAAAAUAUUAGUAAUAAGAAUUAAGGGACGGGAACUUCUGAUUAUAUCAAUGCAUGUAUGCGCAAUGUAAAGUCACGCGAAGGCUUUUGUCAUUGUUAUUUUAAUCCCUGACUCCGUUUGAGCACUCAGUAUGUAUCAAAUUUUAUAAAUAAACAAAAUAUCAAGGAAAACUUUAUUGUAACCACAAAGACACAUGUUUAGUACAAAGGGGAGUGAGCUAUUCGUUUCGAGAAACAAAUCUUAAAAACUACAGGGAAGAACUUCAGUUAAAACAUUCAUAUUUCUAGAACAAGAACGUGUUCAGGAGGAAAUUUUUGUGCAUGUGUUUUAUAAGCAGGAUCUAAUAGAUAUUUUUCAAGGAAUUAGGACUCUUCAAUAUUGAAUGGACAGCAUGAAAAUAUCUACAUUUGGUUAACAUAAAUAGACCAAUUAACUCGAUCAAAUGUGUAUUUAAUAUUAGGAACGGAUAGUUAAUUCUUCACAAUGAAUAAUUCCAGUUACACCAAGAACAUAACAAACAUUGACUUGGAGAUUUUAAACUCAGCGGAAGCAAUCCGUCGACUUCCGGUUAUAAUGUUCAUAUUGAUUUUGAUUAUCAUUGGUGUUUUUGGAAAUUUACACGUUUUUUACAUCUACAUUACGAAGUUUGGAUCUUCGACAUACCGAAUGUUUGUGUUGUCCUUAGCUUCUGUAGAUAUAUUAAGUUGCUGUAUGUCGAUGCCGUUUGAAAUGGCUGAUGAAUUGAACCCGUACAUAUUUAACUCGGAAAUUACUUGCAAAAUAUUUCGAUUUUUGAACACGUGCUUGGCAAUGAUCACGGCUUUGAUGCUUGUUGUGAUAGCUUCUGAGAGGUACCGAAGAAUAUGUAAACCAUAUGGAAACCAGAUGUCUGAGAAACACGCCCGUUACGCAUUAAUUGGAGUUGUUCUUUUUGCAAUAAUUGCAACAAUGCCCGCCUUGUACGUUUACGGAAUUAAAACACUGCACCUCAAAGUGUCAGGACAAAUGAUUAAAGGUUCCGAAUGCACCUGGUCUGACGAGGUUGCUGGUAGUGUCAUAGGAUACGCUUAUUAUGCAUGGGGUUUGCUUGUUAUUCUUGUAUGUAUGUUUUUGUUGGUAAUACUUUACUCAUUAGUUGGACUUCAUUUGAGAAGACAUACAAUAAAGAUUCAAUCUACGAUUAGAUUGAAACAUCGCAGACGGAAAUCAACGAUAAGACGUUCUGUUCUGGGCUCUUUAAAAAUCCGACGAAAGAGUCGACAGAUACGUUCUGCUGACAGCAAGGCGUUACAAAAUCAGGGAGACAAAAUUAAAAUUAACGCUAGACAUUCCGCACCAAUUCAUCUUACAAAAAGCACUGACAAUAAACCAAGCAUUCGCCGGAAGUCAACCUUUAAUGUUUUAGACCCACUACAAAUGAACACUAUCGAAAUGUUGUCUUUUACACAGAAUGAUUUUCUAACAAUACAACCAUUUUGCGAAAAUGUGAAGACCUCAUUACACGAUACCGGUGAUACUGAGUGCAGCAGCACUGCAUCUUUCGAUAUCAAAAUCGACGGAAAAGGUGACAAUUCUGAAGAAGGUAAAAUUAACCAAACCUUGUGUGACAGUUACAAAGACAUUCAACAAAUUGGAGUAGGGGUAGAUAAGUGUCAAACUCCGGACGAAAAUAAAAUCACUGAUCCGAAUUCUACAUAUGAAAUGAAAACUUUGCCAAAACGAGGCACUAUCAUGCGGAAAACAAAAACUUUUAUCAGCGACCGUGAGCAGCGGAUUACAAAAGUAUUAUUUACAAUUACAUUAUUAUUUAUUUUUAGUUUUCUUCCGUAUAUAAUUAUUCUGAUUGUAUACAGUGCAAAUCCCUCAUAUGAAGAGAAUCUGACAUCUACGCCGUUGUAUCCAAUAUAUCUUAUUGGUCUACGACUGUACUUAAUCAACAAUGUUGCUAAUUCUUUGUUGUAUAUUUCAUUUGAUUUGAAAUUUCGAAAACAGGGCUAG